AUGGUUGGCAAGGACAAAGCAGUGAAAAUAUCUGUAUCUGAAUAUCAGUCUUUGCUCAACUACAAGCCUGGAACAGAUGAGAUCACCAUUGCAGUGGCAUCUGAAUCAUGUCCCGAGGAGGAUUUGAAAGCUAUUGAGAGUCACUGCCAACUUCUUGAUUACUCUUAUGAGGGUCGCCAAAAAGCUGAGGACGUCAACAGUGGUGAGUCCUCAACUGGUACAUGCAAUGAUGGCGCUGCUGGUCCACAGUGGAAAGAUACACAUAUACCAGUAAGAUGUGAAAUCUGCGGGAGAAGAAUGAAAGGAUAUAUAUCACAGGUGAUCUCGAAGGAAGUAAAAGUUAUUUCCACCACCACCAAUGGCGACAAUAAAGUAGUGAAAAUUGCUGUAUCUGAAUGA